AGGGUCAGGCCUGGCGGGCUCAGACGCGCCCGCGUGGCUUCGGGGCGACCCGGAAUUCGGUCCGGGGUAUCCCUGGUCGGCGCGGGCGGAGAGCAGGCCGCAGGGCCGGGAAGACCGCGCCCCGCUGCGGGCGGCGCAUGACGCACUUCCGCCCUGGGUCUUCCAGCUUAAAGGGAACCCGGACCUUCUUCAUAACAACAACAAAACUGCGCGCCCGCGGCCGGCGCCUGGGCUCUAGUCCCCGCCCUCCUGCCACCUGCCGCCGCUUCGGUCGCGCCUGGCGGUGCGCCGCCCUGCCUAGCACUGCUCAGACCGAGCGGUCAGGCCGAGAGCGGACCGCGCCCUUCGGCCAACUUCUCCCGCUGCCACCGCGCCGCCUCGCGAGACCCGGGGCCGGGCCGUGGCCGCCGCCAAGCAGCAGGAAGAGAACCUCAGCGGAGGACGCUUGGCCGGACAGUGAGGCCAGUGGCCCUGCCCGGGCGCAGAGGGCGGCGGUGGCGGGCUUUGCGGCCAUCUCACAGUCCGGAGCCCGGCGAAGCCUAGACCUGGCGGGGAGAACUGCACCCUGGGCCGGGCCCCAGACCCCGCCGCCGCUGCCGCCACUGUCCAUCAUCCUCGGUGCCGGCAAUGGCCUUUGUAUCGCCCGAUGCACUUGUGACUGACUUGGACACGGGAUAUUAACAACCCACUCGCUUCCGUACCCAUCCCAGCCACGCCGGCAGUAACCACCUCGGCUCGUUUAGGCUUAACUGCUGCUCCUUGUGACUCUGUUCGACUUUGGGGGCACCAUGGACCAAAAUGGGAUGGAGAUUCCUGUGACCCUCAUCAUUAAAGCACCGAAUCAGAAAUACAGUGACCAGACUAUUAGCUGCUUCUUGAACUGGACCGUGGGGAAACUAAAAACGCAUCUGUCUAACGUGUACCCUAGCAAACCAUUGACGAAGGAUCAGAGAUUGGUGUAUUCGGGCAGACUGCUUCCUGAUCAUCUGCAGCUGAAAGACAUUCUCAGAAAACAAGAUGAGUAUCAUAUGGUUCAUCUAGUGUGUACUUCUCGGACUCCUCCCAGUUCUCCAAAGUCCAGCACCAGUAGAGAAAGUCAUGAAGCAUCGGCAUCCAGCAGCAAUUCUAGUUCAGAUCAGUCAGGAUCAUCAACUCCAUCAUCCAGUCAAGAAACCUUGUCUUUAGCUGCCAGUUCUUCCUCAGAAGGAUUGAGGCAACGUACCCUUCCACAAGCACAAACCGACCCAGCACAGAGUCAUCAGUUCCCAUAUGUAAUGCAGGGAAAUGUAGACAACCAGCUUCCUGGGCAAGCUGUUCCGGCUGGAUUCCCAGUGUAUCCUGCUUUCAGCCCAUUGCAGCUGCUCUGGUGGCAACAGAUGUAUGCUCAUCAGUAUUAUAUGCACUAUCAAGCUGCAGUUUCAGCACAGGCCACAUCAAAUGCCAACUCAGCCCAGCCUGCUGCUUCACAGCCUCUAAACUUGGCACACGUUCCUGGAGAAGAACCCCCACCAGCUCCAAACCUAGUGGCCCAAGAAAAUCGACCCAUGAAUGAGAACGUUCAAAUGAAUGCACAGGGAGGUCCAGUGCUAAACGAAGAAGACUUCAAUCGAGACUGGCUGGACUGGAUGUACAUGUUCUCACGAGCUGCAAUUCUCCUUAGCAUUGUAUACUUCUAUUCUUCCUUUAGUCGCUUUAUCAUGGUAAUGGGAGCCAUGCUACUGGUUUAUUUACACCAAGCUGGAUGGUUUCCUUUUAGGCAAGAGGGAGGUCAGCAACAGGCUCCCAACAAUAAUGCUGAAGUUAACAAUGAUGUGCAGAAUGCAAACAACCUAGAACUUGAAGAAAUGGAGCGUCUUAUGGAUGAUGGGCUUGAAGAUGAGAGUGGAGAAGAUGCAGGUGAAGAUGGCAGUGCAAUUCAAAGGCCUGGAUUAAUGGCGUCAGCUUGGUCUUUUAUCACCACCUUCUUUACUUCACUGAUACCAGAGGGGCCUCCCCAGGUUGCUAAUUAGACCUGAAAAACUGUGCCAGCUGCAAAGGAGGGUCUGAAUUUAGGAAAGUGUUUUAAAUAACAGUGCAAUUUCAAAAAAUUUAUUACUUUCUUUUCAUCAUCAUGUACAGGGGUAUUUUUUUCUUUAAGCUUCUCAUGCAUAUGAAUAUUUUAAGCACAAAUGGACUACUAAAUGUGUGAUUUUUUAAAAAGGUCCUAACAGAACAUAGCGUAACAGUAUUGGUCUUCCAGGUUUUAUUAAUUUCAUUUAUGCGUAUUAAACCAAGACAGGCCUGUUUGUGUAGCUUAUUUCUUUAAAGAGCUGCUUCACAUAUAAAUGUCUAUAGCUAAUAGCCCAGCCCCUCAAUGUAUAAUUUGAAGAAAUAUAUCUAUUUUCUGUGAAUUAUCCUGAAAGUUUUAAACUGAAUGACCUCAUAGUUUUUAACAAAGAAUAUUAUUUACCUGAAAUGUGCUAGUAGCAUCUUUCCCAGCCAUAAAGCAAUAAACUUCUCAGUAAUCUUAAUUUUGAAAUUUGAAUAAAUGGAAACUUUCUAUUUUAAGGGCAUGCACCCCAUCAAUUGGAAUUAGUACUUUAAAAAAAAUGGCAGCUCUUCAAUGGAAUUAACAGUGAUAUAAAAUGUUUGAUAUGGGCAGUACUUUUAUAAAAUAAGAUAUGCUGGAAAUCGCUCCCUGUAAUUUUUUAAAAUAAAAGGUCAAUUAUGGUAAA